UGAAAAUUUGCAGCAUGUAACCAUUUCUUCCAAUGAUAAUGACCAUCAGAACAAUGAUAGUGUGGCUAGUGUCUUGAAUCACAGUUAAACACCUAACCCUAAUACACCCUCAACAACAGCAUCACCGAGCCAAUACAGCUGUGCUGUUCCUCAGAAAAAACCUUCUACUGGCAAUAUCAGUGAUGUGCUGAAGAUGCUUGCCUUAUGCCGAGCACAAGGCAUGCCUUUUGGUGCCAAACCAAAGCCAGCGCCUCUUAUGAGGUGCCGAAUCAGAGCAUAUGUCAAGGGAAGAAAUUAAACACAUAUUAGAAGUUAUUGCAUCCACUGGGAGAUUCUGGCAUGACUGGGAUAAGUUGAAGAGCAUGCUAUCGAUUCAGCUGAAGCAGGUAUUGUCAGACUACCCUGAAGCAAAAUUGACAAGUGAGCAGCAAUAUGCUUCUUUAGGAGAGUCCUACUCUGAUCUAGUGGACAGAUUGAAUGAAGCUCUUCUUUCAUUUUAUGAAGGCCCUCCAUUUACAUUGCAGAGGUUGUGUGAGAUCCUAUUGGAUGCACAAAAUAUUUACCCAAAUCUCUCGAAGCUUGCCUUAGCCCUUGAGAAGAACUUGUUGGUUACAUCUACAUUGACUAUCUGCACCGAUCCAUAUCCGCAAACAACUGUGCAAGAGUCAGGUGAAUCAGAGAAAGCAGUUGAAAAGCAGAAUGAGGAAUGUAAUAUUACAGAGAAUGGCAUUGAGCCUCUGGCUGCUGACAAGGAUGUAGUCAUGACUGAGGCUGAUAUCAAUGAUGAAAUGACCAUUGACAUGGAAGCUUUUCAAGAUAUGGUUAAACCAUCAGAAACAAAUUCUGAACCGAGCGCUAAUGCGUAACCAUCGGUGGUUGAUGUGAGUCUGAGAAAGCCAAUGACUCUGAUAUGAUCCUAGAUUCCGAUGUCCUAAUUGAUGAUUUGUGGGAUUUUAUGUUCUAUGGGGGGCAAUGUUGAUCAUGGUCGUCAUAGAGUACUUAGACAACAGGUUUGGGAAUCCUUAUGUCCUCCUAGCUCAAAAUUAUACCUUUUCCCCCACGAAGUAUUAACUAAGUUUUUGCCUUAAAUGUCCUGAAUGCCAAGCUCGUAUUUGUUGCAUGAUAUGAAUUUUGUGAUUGAAGCCAUGAUACAUAAUUUGCUGCAGAAUAUUAGCAUUUCUGAAAUCCUGAAAUGGUGCUAUGAUUUAGUUGUUUAAAAUUUUUUUUAAAAAAAUUGAUGAGCUAUUUGUAGAAUA